AUGAACAAAGCAAAAAAAGUUUUGGUAAUCGCUCACAGAGAAGAAUUGAUUGAUCAAGCACGUUCUCAAAUCAGUAAAGUUUCACCUGAUUUGAUAGUUGAUGUAGACAAAGGUGAAAAUGAAGCAGCUUUUGAUGCAGAUAUUAUUGUUGGUAGUGUUCAAACAUUAGGAAGGGAAGAUACUUUGCGUUUAGAAAGAUAUCAUAAAAAUGAUUUUAAAGCUAUCAUCAUUGACGAAGCGCAUCAUGCUGUCGCUCCUAGUUAUAGUAGAAUUUUACAACAUUUUGGUACAAAUGACAAGGAUUCACAUAUACUUUUAUGGGGUUGUUCUGCUACAGUAAGAAGAUAUGAUGGUAUCUCGCUUGCUACUGUAUUUGAUCAAAUCACUUAUCACAAAGAUUUCGUAGAAAUGAUCAAAGAAAAGUGGUUAUGUGAUCUUAAAACUAAAGUUAUAAAAACAAAUAUUGACAUAUCGAAAAUUCGAGCAAAUAAUGAUGACUUUAUGCUAUCCGAUCUUUCAAAAUGUUUAAAUGUCAAAACACGUAAUGAUGUUAUUGUUCGAUCAUACCUCGAGUAUGCACACAGGCAUUCAACAUUAGUGUUUGCUGUUGAUAUAGAACAUGUUGAAAAAUUAAGACAAGCAUUUUUGGAUGCACAGAUUGAAGCUUAUUCGCUUACAUCUAAAACCCCAGCACAUAUAAGAGCUGAAGUUAUAAAAAAAUUUAGAGAAAAAAAAUUUUCUGUUUUAGUCAAUUGUGGUAUAUUGACAGAAGGAACAGAUAUACCAAAUAUUGAUUGUAUUAUUAUGGGUAGACCAACAAAAUCACCUGUACUUUUUCAACAAAUGAUAGGUCGUGGAAUGCGUCUACACGAAGGAAAAAAAGAUUGUUUAAUAUUGGACUUUAUUGACUCAUCUACAAAACAUAUUCCCGAUUUAGUCACAUCUCCAACUUUAUUGGGUUUAACCACCUCAAAUGUACUUGUAGGAGGAGAAAGGAAUGAUGAUCAAAAUGCUGAAUUAAUACCUAUUAUACCAACAUCAAAUGGAAUAUAUAUGAACACAUUAUCGCCAAAUGAUGUGAUUGACAAAGAAAGAAUCGAUCGAUUGACAUCACAAAUCAAAGAAAUUUCUAAUAUAAAUGUUGAAGAAUACUUGAGUGUCAAUGAGUUGAUAGAUGAUUGUUCGAGUGCUUCACACAUCAAGGUCAUAUCUGAUAAUGCGUGGGUUAGAGUUGGCUAUGAAAGUUAUGUUUUAUCAUUGAGUAUUAAAGGCAGUAUAAAAUUAGAUAGAGACACUGAUGGAAGGUUUAAAGCAAAAUAUAGGAGUGUAAAAUACAAGACAAAGGCAAAAUCAGAUGACGUAAUACCAAUUCGAUCAGUGCAGCCACUUCCAAUCAUAGGCGACAGGCUUGACACAGCAAUAAAGGCGUGUGAUAGUUGGGUAAAGUUUAAGUUUGGUAACAAGUUAUCGUUUAUCCUUGCAUCACGUUUUACCAGAUGGCGUAAUCAGCCCAUCACUAAACAACAAUUGAAUUGGAUUAAGAAACGAAAUCCACUGUUGACUGAUGAUAAAUUGUGUCAUUUGGAGAAGGGAUCUGCCUCGAAUCUCAUGACGCAAAUUAUUGAGGGUGCGGAAAAAAAUUGGGAAAAGUUCCAGAAAGAAAAAGGCAAAAAAGAAAAAUUAUUAAAAAAAUUAAAAUCUCAAACUGUUCAUGUUGGUCCUUUAACUUGA